AUGACCUCUGGACUGCGACGGGUUUCAAACGACACACGAAUCAGGCCGCCGUCAGAGCCACAUCCUGUGGAGAACACCCUUUUGUUCCUACCGGAGUAUGCCGUGGGAGAGCUCUUGCUCGAGCCCAACAUGUCCGACAAGGGAGACACCAGGAAAGAGCUCUGGUUCGGCCGGGUCUGGGAACUUCGGGAGCUCCUCCGCGUGCAGCACGACGAGUACCUAGCGAGGGUGAAUCGCGGCAAGCCAGAACCUGGAUUGACCGCUGCAGACGUGCAGGCCCUGGAUGCCAUGCUCAAGGAUCCCAAGAAGAAAAGCCUUCUGACAAAGCUUUGUGCCCGGUGGAAAGGCACGGCAGUGAGAAGAAGGAACAGUCUGCGAGUGCUGAAUCGACUGAAGUAUUCCUAUCUGAGAGGCACCGUCAUAUAUGCCCAUGGCUCCGGCGGCUGCAGCUGGGAUAACUUCCGGAUUUGCCGGAUGAUGGCUCGGAUGGGGAUGCUGGUCAUCGCCCCGGACGGCUUUGCCUAUCCAAAGAACACGGACUUGGGCAAGAUGAGACACAAGGACGUUCAGCCGCUGAAGCGAGCGACGGACGAAGUGGAUUAUUGGGCAGAUGAUUUGGUGUAUUCAUCGGGUGCAGAUGGUUCGCACACGUACUCCACCAAAGCCGAUUCCGUUCUGGACAACCCAGACAAGUUUCGAGAUCUUUAUGAACGAUGCUAUCAGAUGCGACGGCGAGAGCUUCAUUGGACGAUUGAGAAGCUUCCCAGGUGGAUUCGGACACAAGGCUUCUUCAUAGGUGGCACAUCUGAAGGGGCCAUGACCGUGUCACGGUUUGAUGACGGAAGGUAUGGGCACCAGGUGCUGGGCCGCUUCAUCAACUCCUUCAGCAUAGAGUAUUGUUACUUUACGCCCAAACAGGAAGAUGCACAAAUUGGAGGCAACAAAGACGUUCCCACCUUGAACAUCAUCGGCACGAAAGAUGAAUACUUUGGAGGAGCGGACAGUGUUGCUGCCCUUGUCCAAGCUGACAAAGAGCGCGGCUUCGGGGAUGUCAAGCUAGACGGGCAUGGUUUCGACAUGAUGAUGGAGCAGGAACUGGGCACUGGUCUUGUAUGCUACAUGGAAGGAGGCAAGCAUGGACCUUGCCCCAGCCAUGACAAUUUCCUGAGACGCCUCUUCCAGACGUUCUUUACCCGCCCGCGGGACAUUUGGCGAAUUGCCGAUAUCUGGGCGAAUGAUGAGCGCACCAUGGGCUGGCUGGAGGUCAAGAAGCAGCGCACGCGCGGUCAGAAGCUGACACUGGUCCAGGUGCCAGUGAUGGACCAUUCGAAGUUGACCCUGGAGGAGCUGGACAAGUUGCACAGUGCUAAGAAGAGGAAAGAUCUCUUGGACGCCAAGCAAGAAGAAGACAAGCCUCUCGGCGAGCAUUACCCCGUGGGACGAAUCGCAAAAGUUGAUAUUGCAACAGAUUCGGCCGCAGCGCCACGGGCAAGCCUGGCCGACAGUGGUGUUUUCACGGAACAACGGGGAGUGACCCAACUACAGUGGCUCCUAGAUGCUCUAUAUACCGCUACUCGUCUCUUUUACAUUGUGCUGUCGGAUUUCUACGUGACGUCUUGGCUGUCCUUGAGUUGGAAGCUGGUUUACGAACCACAGCCAAGCGAUAUGGGCGAAGCUGCCUUGGACCUGCUCCAGAGUUUGGAGGAGGAUCUACAGAUAGAGAUCAUCGAGCAGUUCGACAUCCAGGGGUGUCCUUGCUCAAGCCCUGGAGAUUUUGCUCUUUGGCAGCCCAUGUCCACAGCCAUGUCUGUGCUGGCCACCGCCGAGCAGGAGUUGGAGCAGAAAGAGAUCACCAAAGCCGCCUCCUCCCUUUCCCAGUGCACCACGCUGGCUGGAGAUUCCAGCCCAGGAGAGUUGAGUCCGGAGAUCUUGACCAUCAAACCCGAAAAAGACGUCGAGAAUGCCUUGGAGCAGCCUGAUUGCCAUGCAAUCAGCAUUUGGACCCGCAAGUCCAUUGGGGUCGUGAUUGGCGGCUUCCUUCUGGCGUUCCUCACUGCAAUUUGUUCGGCUGUUACAUACGGGUUCUUCCUCGGCUACAUGGGGCUGGAUUCGUAUGUAAUGUCUUCCAUUACGCAGCUGAUGAAGCUCCCGCAAGUAUUACUUCUCCCGUUCGGCAUUCUCACGGACUGUUGCCCGAUUCGGGGCAAACACAGGAAGCCCUACUUCCUCUUGUCCUGGUGCCUUGCCGGUUGUGCUCUUCUUGCCAUGAGUUUGCGGCCCCUGCCUGCUCCCUUCUACUGCCAGAACGAGGAUGGCAGCUACAACUUUCUUGUCCCUCCAUGCAACCCGGGCAUCCAUACCGAGAAGAACUGGUACGUUUUCUGGAUGUUCAUCCUGACAGCAGGCAUCCAGCUGGGCAUCACGGCCGGUGAGGGUCUCCUGCUUGAGUACUCGCAGCGUGAGCCGGUUGAACGCCGAGGGCAAAUCAAGGCGGAGAUGACGAUGGUGUCCACGGGAGGGGCCUUGGCCGCCUCUGUGGUCGUUGGCGUGUUCAUGAACAGCAAGGCCUACCUGGGGACCUUCGACUGGGGGCUCUCCUUCAGCGGUCUCAUGGCCCUUUGCUUCGUUCUGGUUGUCUUCAUGAUCCCGCUCUCCGUCUGUUGUGUGCACGAGCUCCCGAAACCCAGGCACCGCGUGGACCGAAUCUCCUGCGGUGCCCAUGUAAAGUCUUCGUGGGAGCUCGUCCAGAAGAACACGUUCUCGAACCUACUUUUCUUUGCAUUUUUGGUACAGCUGCUCUUUUCAAUCACAACCACCGCCGGGCCAAUGGUGAAGAGCCGAUGGGCCGAGGUCAAAGUCCUACAGCAGCAAACGUUUGGCAUUGUUGGGCUGGCCUUCAUGAUGCUGGCGACCUGGAUCUACAAGGUUUGCCUGCUCCAGACCAGUUGGCGAAAGACCAUUUUCGUCUCAAUCGUCACAAUCGCGGUCUUCGAUGCAAUCCCGACUUUCCUCACCAUCUUCAAUAUCGUCCGCAACCAGUACUUCUACCUCGGCGAAGACAUCCUUGGCUGUAUCCCCAUGGCUGCACUCCAGCUGGUGGCCAACUUGAUGAUCAUCGAACUUGCUGAGCCGGGUCGUGAAGGCCUGUGCUACGGCCUCAUCGGCACGUUCCAGAGCUCAAGUACACCCUUUGGGGCAGUGGUGAGCAAUCAAAUCUUCGGACUUUUCAACCCGAAGCUAUCCAAGCUUGAAAACUACGUUGCAGACACUAGCACCUUCCGCUCUACAGUUGCUUGGUCCUACGUGCUUACCUAUUCCAGCUCCCUCGUUGCUUUGUUUUUGCUCCCCAUGAUCCCCUUCCAGAAGGAGGAUGCUCAGAGGCGAAAGAAAGAGUCAGGCUCCAGCUCUGUCAGGGCCACAUUAGUGAUUGUGAUCCCGGCCAUAUGCCUCAUCUACGGAAUCAUCGUUCUGCUUCUGACCAGCCAAGAGGAGACGGCUUGCCUCCAGUGGAUCGGUGGCCAAGGUACCCGCGAUGGCAACGUGAGGAGCCGCUUCCUGUCCUUCGUUCGAGGGAUGUGGUGCCGGCGUCUGGGAGUGAACAGAGAGGUGACUGAGUUCCUCAGGGAUUUACCCGAGGAUAUCCAGGUUGGCGUCCUAAAGGAGUUCGAUCCACGAGGCACAAAGGACGGGAACGUUUCGGCGCGGCUCUACAGCUUCGCAUAUGCCCGUUCUUGGAAGCGUGCUCCCAAGGGUCUCCGAGAACCGGAAGAGCUCGAGGCUUUCGUGCACCACUGGCAGCUGGAGGCUUCGGCCCGCCAG